GUUAGCCCUGUCGUCUGUCAGUGGAGCUCAGUUAGCAGACAGUCGGUCCGUCCGGUCAGCUGGUUCCGCCUAAUCGUGAAAGAGAUCUUCCUGACUGUAAAUCGAACGCGGACCAUCUGAUAGUGGCCGGUAAUCGAGACUCGAUCAUCAACGAUCGAGAAAGAAGUAGAGAAAUUAAAGAUCGGUGGCCAGUGAGCCGCGUGUGCGCGAGUGUCCUCACUUAUCCAACACGUACAAUCGAAGAAAAAUUAAAGAAACCGAGAAUAAGUAAGUGACAAGAUUAAUUCUAAUCGUGAAACAAGACAAUAUUUUCAUUGAGACAACGUAUGCAUGGUUAAGUAGGAAAUGACUAUAUCGUACGCGAGUGAAGUGCCAAACGGCUCCAGCUUCGGCUGCUUCUGGAGGAUCCUGAUCAAAUGGCGAGGCUCUGUUUACAAGUUAAUCUGGCGAGAACUACUGGUCUACCUUUUCGUCUACUACCUCAUCAAUCUUACAUACAGAUAUGCGCUCAACGAGCACCAGCGGGUGAUAUUCGAAAAAAUCAGGUACUACUUCGGCAAUUCGAGCGAAUCGAUACCGAUGUCGUUCGUCCUGGGAUUUUAUGUGAGUCUGGUGGUGAAGCGAUGGUGGGAACAGUACAAACUAUUACCAUGGCCGGACAAUUUAGCCCUGUUCAUCAGCGCGGCUAUUCCAGGCAACGAUGAGAGAGGCAGACUGAUGAGGAGGAACAUCGUGAGGUACGCGGUGCUCGCGUACGUCAUCACCUUGCAGAGGAUUUCAUUGCGCGUGAAGAGACGAUUUCCGACGCUUCAGCACAUCGUAGACGUUGGUCUGAUGAUGGAGUCGGAGAAGAAAAUCUUCGAGAUGAUGAACAAGAAAGCGGCCAUGUCCAAGUAUUGGAUGCCGUUGGUUUGGGCGACGAACAUCAUCAACAGAGCCAGGAGGGAAGCUUUGAUCACCAGCGACCAAGUAGUGCAAACCCUCCUUGUCGAGUUGAGCGACAUCCGGAAGAGGCUUGGCGCACUCAUUGGUUACGACACCGUUUGUGUUCCUCUCGUUUAUACGCAGGUUGUCACGCUGUCUUUGUACGCGUACUUCUUCUCGGCUUUGCUUGGCAGGCAAUUCAUCGAGCGGACCGACGCCGGAGGCGGGAAAUACGAGGAGCCAGACAUGUAUUUCCCAUUUUUCACCGCGCUACAGUUCUGCUUUUACGUCGGCUGGCUGAAAGUCGCCGAGGUGUUGAUCAAUCCAUUCGGCGAAGACGACGACGAUAUCGAGUUGAAUUGGCUGAUCGAUCGACACAUAAAGGCAGGAUACAUGAUCGUCGACGAAAUGCACGAAGAGCACCCAGAAUUGUUGAAGGAUCAAUACUGGGACGAGGUGGUGCCGAAGGAUUUACCUUACACGGUAGCCAGCGAACAAUAUCGACGCGAAGAACCGAAGGGAUCGGCGGAGCAUUAUAAGGUGAAAGAAAGCGAUGCUCUUUAUGCGAACGUGAUGCUUGGUACGCAGAUUCACAAUCACGUUCAGCAUCGCAAGACCCACCAGGAUGACAUGUACGCCGAUUACGAAAGCGUCGACACUCCGUUAGUGGAACGAAGGAAAAAUUGGCUACAACGACAGAUCACCAGAAUGGGCUCUGUCCGAAGUUCUUCGACCACUUACAGCAGCGGUGGUGGAUUUUUCUCGAGAAAUCGUCACAACAGCGUUUACAGCAGCCCUGAGACUGGAGGUCUCCCACAGACAAACAAUCCGAACCUUAAAAUGUCUUUGUACGACCGAUUAGUCGGGCGGAAAAGCGUUCGCAGUCAAAGAAUGGGUACCAUGACUAAACUGAACUCGGUACCGGUAUCCCUGAAGAACAGACCCCGUAUACCAACUCCGGAUGUGACGAAAGAGGUGGUCGACCGUGAACAGAGAUUGGCUUUGUCGGCGACCAACGCGGUGAACAUAGGCGCCGGUGUCGUCGGAGUGAUACCAGCUAAUGGACAUUAUCAGACCGACCUACCUGUGGUACAGGUGAUGUUGUCGACGAUUCAAGAAGCCGAGGGCACACCGGCGACCGGAAAAUCGGGUGCAGCCGCUUUGGCGCAGGCUGUUCUUUCGCCGACAUUGACCAGCGCUGGUUUGGUAGGUCCAGUCACAUUGACCCCCGUCACGAUGAGUCAGUUGACGCAGCUCGGUCUAGUGACGACGACCUCCGCGCCGAUGAUCAAGCCGAGCAACACAGCCAGCAACGUUCAAGCCACAUUGACCGAGGUGAACAGCAGCGAAGAGGAGGGUUCCGGUAGUUCCAGUAGCAGGAGCGGAAGUAUCACCGGCCAGGAAGAACGUUCCACGCCAUUGAUAAACCAAGAUAGGAGCACUCCAUUGAUCGGAGAGGCAGCUAGUCGUCUAGGUAGCAGUGGUAGCUCACCUACUUUCGACAGCUAUAGCGAUCGUUCUCCGAUCCUGAUGAGUCCUGAAAAAUUAGGUUACAUGGUCACCACGGUACCCAUCGUGCAAGACACCAAAACGGUGAACGACCCACGAGGCAGACGAUCCGCUUCUUUGCCUGGUCCACCACUUUUACCAUCGAGGGAGGACAGAAGCAUGUCUCUCCCGCACUCGCCGGGUCUUCAACCGAGGGAAAAUCGUGCAGCUUCGGUAUCGAACGGUCACGAACCUCCCAACAUAGACAGGCUGCUAGUGCACGCGAAUCAGGACGUUCGACCAAGGACUAACAGCAUCGGCCACGACCUUUGUAGACCUAUUCAUCGAAUACAGGAUAACUCGAGGAAGAUCAGCAGCGUGUCGUGUACGAACGCGACGCUAGCAGGCGGGCUCGGUACGACGCCCACCUCGGCGACCACCGUCGCACCGACUCAGGCACCUGUCGCCGGAAGCAAACGCGGCGAGGUGUACGUUUGACCGAAGAAACUAUUUUCCAAGGGAACGAUGUCGUAAACUUGCUGUCGUGCACACGACUCGAUCGUCGCGCUUGCCUGAAAUCCGACUCCGUCCAUUGCUGUGAUGACUUGGUGCGUUCCCGCGCACGGUGAGAGUAGGAAGUAAUUUUCACGCGAAAUCCCGUGAAACGAUAAUGGGACUCUUUUAUUGAUCAGUUCCGGCUCGUCCUGAUGCGUUCUCCCGCGGACCUUCGAACGAUUGUGCUGUAAAUACGAUCCCUAAAUUAUGCGUACGAGAAUUUCGAUCAAAGAAGUUUGCUCGUUAGUCGCUCCAUGACCUGGGUUAGAGACGUUCGUGGUGUAAUUACUAGGGACAGAGGAUCGAAAUCGUCGAAGACGCUCGUUAUCUCAUCGUGCAAUAACGCGGUAGCAAGAGAGGUUUGUAAGCGACGUUACGAAAAACGUCGCGAAACGAUGAUUACGUUAUUAGAAAUUGUACCGUUCUGACGACAGAUCGAAAGGGAACGGGGAUGUGUUCUCGUUGCGUGUGCUUCGCUUUCGCGUAUCAUGUGAUAUUGUGAUAUUGAAUUCCGAGGCGUUUCCUGUAUCUUUUCUUCUCCGCCGAGUUAUCGAGUGCAUCGAACGUUUUAGAAGUAGGAGAAAAUAGAAUGGAUGAGCUACGUUUGUAAAUAAAUCUGAUCGUCGCGAGACGCGACAUGACUCGUCGUUUUCGCGAUUCUUGCGGUCCGGGUGGAAGAUUUUCUCGCUUGCCAGCGUCAACUGUAUAUUUAUUCGAUGCGACACAAGUACGUAGACUCGACGUUUUCAAGCCUGCUCGCGAAUUACACGAAACGCGUCGUGUCAGCCUUCGUUGCUCGCAUUGGAAUGGUGUACGCAACGUUUGCCAUAUUUGCCAUACUCGAUGAUACACUUUGCGUCAAAUUGCGGCCAACUGGAAUUCCGAUUCCUCGUCGGAGAACGAGCGAGAAGAUGUGCAACGAUCCAACACGCGAUCUUUACCAUGUUAUUUCAUAAUUACUUGCAAUUGUUACAUAGUUUCUUCUUUUCUGUUUUUGUUCUUUGUUAUCAAUACGAGAGACGUACACGAGUCUGUGAGCAUGAAGAGCAAGUGGUGUUCGACGAACAAAUUCGACUGAACGAGAAAAACUAAUUACAUUUCCUUUUGUUUGUUUUCUCUUUUGUUUUCUUAAGAUAAAGUACACUCGAGUACUGGAACUGUGCAAUUUGUUGAAACGCGCAGCAGCUCAAGUCUUUUCUAUUAAAUCGACCAUUGUUAUCCGACGCACGUGUACAUAGUAGAGCAAUUAAUUUAAGGAGUACUUGGUGUAUGAGAUUAUGGAAUAUGCUCAAUGCCAAUGGACGACGAGUAACGCGCGAUACGCGUCCGAAUUUGCCCGCGUCGCGGAUGAGCAAGUUCCUCGUUGAAUCGAUGAAUAAUUAACUUGAGGACAUUCUCCCUUAGUCGUUCAGGACUGUAGCCUGAAUUGCGAAACGUGUAAAUACGGACGUAUUUUUUUUUUUUUUCAAUCGAUUUCUUAACUCGCUCUUCUCGCGACGCUAUUAGUUUAAGCGAAAGGAUCGGUUCCUGGCUUGAUUCGAUGCAAGCCACUCGCGACAAAAAAAGUAUACAUAUAUAUAUAUUAACUUAAUGGAAAACGCGCUGAGUUUUGUGGAUGAAUGGUAGUGCAAUUUGUUCUUGCUGAAAUUUCGAACAACGAUUGCACCACGUGUUCGCAGGCAAUCGACGUUUAUUCUGUUAAAUAUAUCACCUAAUGUCAUUGAUUUCGCAAAGAAAUGUUUUCAAGGAGUCGACGAUUAUUUGUUAUCACUCAAACGAUACGUUGAUGAAUCUCAAAUUGAAAAAACGUAUCGAGUUUGUAGAUACUUAACAGACAGUAUUUGUAUAUAAAUUACAUUCUCGCUCUUAUAACAAUGCGUACGACCUGAAACUUCUCUUUCGAUCGUAGAAGAAGAAUCGUUUCAGUGUUCGAAUCGCGUCAGCGUGAUAUAAGAGGAUCACGUGUAAGAAUAGUAGUACAUUAUUCUUAUUAUAUAUAUUCUGCAAUAAAAAUAAACGUUCUCAAAGGUG